AUGGACAAGCAGGUAAGGCUGAUUUGGCAGCUUUUUAUUUGGGUUAAUGACAUUGAUCCCGCAGUUGCGCUGCCAUUAAUUUUCGGGUGUUCCAUCAGGCCAGGGGCGUUUAAUAGGCCGACAUCUCUGCUCAUGGCGGCGGCGGCGGUACAUGUGGACGGGGGAGCAGGUGGGCCAGGUCCACCAGCCAUUUUCUGGCGUAUACUGCGCAGCUAUGUAAUUGGUAGAAUGGGACGGCAUACGUGGACCUACGAAUGCAAAUUGAACAUUCGGGAAUAGUAACUGAUAUGGAAUAUGCGGGGUCGGCCCGACAUUUGGCCAAUCAGUGUCCAUACAUGGUUUGUUUUGCAGCAGGGCUUCUGACUCCUUUAAUUGGUCGGGUAAACCUCCAAUCCUGUCGACAGUUGGCGGCUCAUCAGUCAGCGGACGGCGUGAGACGGUUCUUCCUAGCAUGCCUGCUCUUUAUGACUAGUAGACUAAAUUAAUGAGACCUUUCGUAAUAGGAGAUUACAUAGGCUUUUGAUUUAACCCUUUGACAGCUUGCCGCGUACCUCGGUCACUCGGUAGAAAUUUGUCCUUUGUCAGGAUAGAGGAUGGCACUUCGUUAGGCUGUUCAAGACAUAACGACUGAAGUAAAAAAAACUGGCGGGAUUUCAGUAAAGCUAGUCUUAUGCAGGGAAGAUAAAGGACGGACAUUGUUGUCUUUUCGUAGGGAUGAAAACGCCUGUGGUACCAACUGUCCACCCCAUUUCUCCCGAGACAGUCCUUAAACCUACUAGAUAUGGGACCCGAACGUUUUCACUGACAGAAGGCAUAUAUAUAUGGCAAAUUUGUUUCCUGGAACUCGCGUAAGUUUAAGGCGUCACUUUUAAUAACACAGCCGCCUCCUCUCUUCACCCACUCAUAACUUUUAUGAUGUUAUCCAGUCGCAUUUCUCAACCGGUUGGUGCUCUGUGUUUGUAGGUAUUUCUAUUUUUCCGCAUUUAUCGUUCUUCCCAGUAUAUAAAUAGUCUCAGUGGGAAAAUCAAUGUGAAAACGACCCUCAGUCGCGCCGCAGGAUUUUACCAGCAGCUCCUGGACGUGAACGACCAACUACCGGAUGACGUUCGUGUCACCCUGGGCUUUAUUCCACCGCCGACGGAGAACCCGUCUGGCAGUGCUGACGACUCCACCCUUCUCUUCUCCGGUAGUUACUGCGGUGGUAACAAUCCCCUCGACGCCUCAGCGGCGAAUUCCGGCGAGGAGACGCGCUUUCUUAUGGACAGCCGCAACUCACCCAGUCUUGAGGUUGGUCAGGACGCCGGUGAUGUUGACCUCGAGAACCCGCAGUCCUCCCCCCACCCAGACUUUGAUACCAUGGUGAUGCAUGACCCCUUCGCACCUGGCGCCUCUCAACCAGUCACAUUCCUCUCCCCUCCUAAGCGAAUCCAUCCCAAUCGGGGGGCUCAUUGA